AUGCCGCUCGCUCACUCUCCCCCCUCGUUCACCUAUUUCUCCGCCAUGGUGACGCGAUAUCGGAGUGUGUGACGUGGCGAGGUCCGUCGGGGGGGUGGCAAUCAGCCAGUCUAGGGACGGCGGGAAGCGGAAAACAAGUGAAGCCACGUGUGUCCUCCGACCAGGGAUUUACUCAUUUCUGACCACAUACAGUAUCCCUCUCUGCCCGCCACUGGCUUGAUUGCCCGACAUGCGUUGAGCGAGAAGCCAAAAUGCCUCGUUAGAGCGACCGAACGGAACGGAAUCGAAGGCAAGAGAGAGCGCCUUCUUCUACUCUCGCUCUCAUAUUUCGCAUCUCAUAUGGGUAUAUCCAUCGGCAAUGAAUCUGUGCGACGCGACGGACACGCAUCACACCAUAGCAGUCCCCCUCCAGGCAGUGGGCUGGGCAGCGGGCACUGGGCGCCUCACAUCCGAGCCGAGUAGUAGUAGAUCGAGAGGAGGAGAGCGAGGGGAGCCGCAGUGAGGGAGGGCCGAGGAGAGGCGAGUCGUCGAAGCGCCGAAAAGUGGAUAAGGUUCCUCAGGGGGGUCUAUCGAUCGAGGUGGAGAAUAGGCCAGGACGACGACUCCGAGCUGAGUCGUCUUGGGAGCACUGCAUAUUCCAGAAAGGCUUUUUGCCUCAGCGAAUGCCAGCGUGUUCUGUUGAAGGCUUCAAGAGAUUCGCUGCAUGCCGCGUGCUUCGAGGCUCUCUAACCUGGUUGUUAUCCUCCCACAACGAGUCGUAACAGUAUUAGUACCCGAGGCCCCACUUAGCGUACAGACGGCUUAGUAGUAUCGUUUUCACAGGUCCAGCUGAAGUGCUUCUCUUCCGCGCUAAUAGCACGGCGAGUUCGCACCACGUUGACGAUCUAAUCGGCGCCCUCGCACGUAUAACAGCAGAACCUCCUCCUAAUACUAGUAGGUUCGGAUCAAAGUCACCGUGACUCACCAACACUCCCUCUCACCAGGACACACCAACACUCCAUCGCGAUCGCGUCGCUUCGGUGGCUUGACUCACGCACUCACUCCGGCACAGUCCACUCUCAGAGUCUAAUACAUCAACCGAGUCGGCCCCACAGCGGCACCGUCAACCGGCGCUCUCCAGUCAAACUCACCGAUCGAGACGCUCCGAGUCGAAGCCCUGAUCAAACUCUCGAGUGCAUGUCGCCCGGUACGACAGCUCUCGCCAUGGCGCGCCUUCCCGCCGCCGCUCCCGCUGACCGCUACGACAUCUAUCGUGGGAGGUCAUGGGAAGGACCGCCGGGAGUGGCGGCUCCAGGUUCCGCCUGGGUCAACGUCCCCGCCACUUGCGGCGGGAACGGCAACGGUGACGGCAACGGUGACGGCAACGGCAAGGCGUUUUUUAAUCCAGCGGACGGCGAGGGCAGCGAGGGGCGCGGAGGCAGCGGCGACGGAGCCGCCGGCAGCGGCGUCACGAACGCCGCGACCGUCGCCAUGGUAGCGUCGACGCGAUCGGCGGUGGAAGAGCCGUGGGGAUCGUCGCCGCGAUCGGCGCUCCGAUCGUGCGGCGGUAACGCCGCGCCGCGAGGGAUGGAGCGCCGGUGCGGCGGGGCGGUUCCAGCUGAGACAGGGAUGGCGAGCAAUGCGGCGGGAAAUGCGGCGGGAAAUGCGGCGGUGGAGGGUAGCGAGGAGGACGAGUGGAUGUGCAUGGAUGUGGCGAGGGAGUGGGAGGGCGAGGUCGUCGCAGCGGCGCAUUCUCAUCCCACGGCUGCUGCGCCUGCGAUCAUGGGAGCACUGUCGCCUGCGAUGGCCGCCGCGUCGCCUGCGACGACGGUGACUCUGUCUCCAGCAGCUGCUGCGGGUGCUGCGACGGUUGCGAGCGGCGUCUUCUCUGGAGGCGAAUCGGAUUGGCGGGGGGAUGGCUCAGAGCCGUGCGCACGUGCGGGCGCAGAUCCAAGCAGCGGCAUGGGCAUGGGCAAGGGCGCGAGCGCGACCGUGUGGGGAGCGGAAGGCGAUUGCGCGGAGGCUCGGUAUGGGGGGGAAAUGGGCUGCGCAUCGGGGGUGGGCGGGAGCGGGAGCCGCCGAUGGCAAAGGGCGGUGCUGCAAGAAGCGACGGCAAGCCAAGGCGGGAGCUAUGUGCCGUGCAUGGAGGGGGGGGAGGACGCGCGGGAGGAUAGGAGGCAGAGGCGCAUGGUGAGCAACCGGGAGUCGGCUCGGCGGUCGAGACUGCGCAAGCAAACUCACGUGGAGGCCAUGAAGCUCAAGGCGGCCCAGGUGCGGUCUGAGAACACAGAUAUGGGAGCGCGCCUCACAGCAGCGUCGGAGAAUCUCAACCAGGUCGCGCGCGAGAACCGCCUGCUGCGCUCACAAGCCACCGACCUCUCGCGCCGCCUGCAGCGCCUGCAGCACCAGAUCGCUGCAGCGCAGCACUCGCACGCCCAAGCCCUCUCCCACUCGCACUCGCACUCGCGCGCCCAGCCGUACUCGCACGCUCUCUCCCACCCGCACUUGCUCACAUCCCAUCCAUUCUCUUCAUCCGUGUAUGACUCUCCAGCUGCUAUUGCUGCAGCAGCUGCUGCUGCCUCGGCAAUCCAUUAUGGCAGCAUGGAUGAUCGGCUUGGCUUGCUAGAAUCUCCAAGGAUGGGCGUUCAUGGGGGCAUGUUCUCCCAGGCCUCGCUAGGCCGUGGACUAGGCUCUGGCCUCGGCAGCAUGGGAGUGCUCAGCAGUCUAGGAGCCGCACCUAGCUUGCGGGGAUUUGGUGCUCCAGGAGGGCUCGAUGUGCAUAUGGGUGGCGCUGUGGCCGAAUCAGGCCAUGCCUUUGCUUCCAAGGCCUCAGCCAUCUCAACAGGGAUGGAUUCAGCUGCAGCUGCUGCCAGUGCAGCAGCAGCAGCAGCAGCAGCUCACUGCAGGGCACAGUACGGCUUAGGCUCGGUGCCAGGAUAUGCGACCGACAUACAAUCUCCCACCUUUGAUCCGUACGCAUCGUUUCCAGUUGCUGCUGGUGGGCUUGGUACAAGUGAUGGCAUGGUAUACAAGAAACACCAAAGCCACUCUCGCAUAGUGCCUGAAGAUUCUUGCUUGAGCCUUGGCUUGUCCUUGCCCACUAACAACUACCUAGGGUAUCGGUUAUAGUGGAAUAUCAUAGCUGACGGAAGAUGCGGGAUGCAUCUGUAUGUAUGUGUCUCGUGUGUGGGUUUGUAUACAAAAUGAAGUGCUUGUGCUUUUGGGGUGUAGCAGCAUGGAUGAGUAGUUGUUGUGUGGAGUGGACCUUCCUUAUGUUUGAUCGGUUGGCCUUUGUAG